AGGCAAUAUUCCUACUAAUGCGUUUAUGGUAAGAGUAUCAUUGAGGCUUCCGUUUUUCUUUCAAGAUUUACAUGUUCACUUUCAAGUUGUGUUUCUAAGAGUAUCAUAGAACCCCAACGGAAGAAACACAACUCUCUGUUUCCCAUUUCCCAUCUCUAUCAAUAUUGAAACCACCAUAGGAACUGCAUACCAAGCUCUAACCAACCCAAUACAACGAAAGACUGCGAAACUGUUUGAGGUACAAGAAGAAUGGAGAACCCACCUCAACCACUCCCUUUGGAAACUGCAGUGAGCCACAAAAAUGCACGAGGGAUGAGAAAAGCCAUCUUGCUAUCCAAACGAACGUCAUCCUUGCCACAAGGUCUACAUGCUCCACGAGAAUCCCAUGGCAUACACCCAACAAAAACUGCGAAGAAAGAAGCCUCGUCUGGAAUAACGAAUAAAAGGAAACGAGGAUGUCCGCUCGGAUCACGAACGAAAUCGAAAGUUCAUCUAAUAAACGAUCGACCAACAUUCAAACCGAAGUUCUUUGACUGUGGUUGUGAUAACUGCGACUCUUAUGAUCCUAAGGACCCUUCUUUAGAUAAUGCGUUUAGGGUUAUCGAUAGCAUAGGAUGGUCUUACAAUGUGAUGCAUAUGCAUCCGUUCUGCCCCAGGGUUGUGAGAGAGUUUAUCUCAAACAAACCCUUCAAUGAUGAAGGUGCUCUCAUUCGGGGACAUGUGUUCCAAUUUACCCCCUCUGUGAUCAAUCAAUUGAUGAUGACACCAUCUGUUAAUCACUCUUUUGGGUGGAGAGAAGUUGUUCUGAAGCAAGCCAUCUCACACCUCACCGGAGGCCAAUGCUCCGGAUGGACGGGAUUCAGUCUCAACUCUCUACUUACUCCUUUCCAAGUUCUAUACCGCGUUUGUGAACUGAAUUGGCUUCCAGGUUCUGACACUGACUCAAUGAUGAAAAACCGACUCCGUCUUCUCUAUGCUGUAGCCAAACGCAAGCCAAUUGACUUUGGUCAUCUUGUGUAUGACCAAGUGAUCGAGGUGACCCGCAAAACAGACUAG